AUGCAGAGCGGCAGCACAUGGAGGGGAUGCGAGGCCUACUUUGACAAAUGUAAUUGUAGAUGUCUGUCUCAAAUUUUCUGCUUUAUUUUAAACAUUUCAGAAAUCAACACGUGCUGGAGGUGUCAAAACGAAACAGGGUUUCAGAUAAGCCUGUCUGGAGUGCCCCAAAGUAAACGUAAAGCCCUGAAGCUGAACUUCGCCAACCCUCCAGUGAAGCCAGCUACCAGGUUGCCCCUCAAUCCCUCACCUUCAACCGCCCCCUCCUUCCAGAACCCACACAUAGAGCGUAUGAGGACACACAGUAUCGAGUCGUCGGGGAAGCUGAAGAUUUCUACAGAGAAUGCCUGUGACUUCACGGCCGAGGACCUGAGGGACCUGGGGGAGAUCGGCCGUGGGGCCUACGGCUCCGUCAACAAGAUGCAGCACAAACCCAGCGGACAGAUCAUGGCCGUCAAGAGGAUCCGCUCCACGGUGGAUGAGAAGGAACAGAAGCAGCUGCUGAUGGAUCUAGACGUGGUGAUGAGGAGUAGUGACUGUCUCUAUAUCGUCCAGUUUUACGGAGCUCUCUUCAGAGAGGGCGACUGUUGGAUAUGUAUGGAACUAAUGUCUACCUCAUUCGACAAAUUCUACAAAUAUGUAUAUUGUUCGUUAGAUGACGUCAUUCCAGAGGAAAUAUUAGGCAAAAUCACAUUAGCAACCGUUAAAGCACUGAACCACUUAAAAGAAAACUUGAAAAUAAUUCACAGAGACAUCAAACCUUCCAACAUUCUCAUGGAUCGUAAUGGCAACAUCAAGUUGUGUGACUUUGGCAUCAGCGGUCAGCUGGUGGACUCAAUAGCCAAGACCAGAGACGCAGGCUGCAGACCCUACAUGGCUCCGGAGAGGAUAGACCCCAGUGCUUCCAGACAAGGCUACGACGUCCGAUCAGACGUGUGGAGUUUGGGGAUAACCCUGUAUGAGCUGGCCACCGGCAGGUUCCCCUACCCCAAGUGGAAUAGUGUGUUUGAUCAGCUGACCCAGGUGGUGAAGGGCGAGCCGCCCCAGCUCUGCAACUCUGAAGACAGGCAGUUCUCCCCCAAGUUCAUCAACUUUGUCAACUUAUGCCUUACAAAGGAUGAGUCAAAACGGCCAAAGUACAAGGAGCUCCUGAAACACCCGUUCAUCCUGAUGUACGAGGAGAGGUGUGUGGACGUGGCCAGCUACGUGUGUCGCAUCCUGGACCAGAUCCCUGCCUCCCCCAUCUCACCCAUGUACCUGGACUGACGGGGGGACACGUCACACCGCAACACACAUGCCGGGGGGAAACAGUACACCGCAUGACAUCUUAGCCCUCCGAUACAGAGUUACUAUAGUAUCAUCUGUUUGUUUCCGUGUUCCAAAGAACACGAGAACAAUUCCAUAUAAAAAAUGUAUCGCCCUGUGCAAUACGAUAAUACACACACACUCAUGCUUGUUCAAUGUCAAUUAAAAUAUCUAGAUUAUCCUCCCAGCUUCAGACAGCUAAACUUGGAAGACAUUCAGUUGGCUCAACAUAUGUACAACGUUCAUCUUUUUUUAUGUGCUAGAAAAAAGGGUUAGAGUACAUAUACUGUAUACAUACAGUAUGUGUGUGUAUGUAUAUAUAUAGUACCAGUCAAAAGUUUGGACACGCCUACUCAUUCCAAGGGUUUUCUUUAUUUUAACUAUUUUCUKCAUGGUAGAGUAAUAGGGAAGACGGUAGAAUAAUAGGGAAGACAUCAAAACUAUGAAAUAACACUUAUUCAUGGAAUCAUGUAGUAACCAAAAAAUGUGUU